AUGGCUAAGUCCUGUGGUGAUCAUUUGCAUACACUAAUUAGCAAUUUGCUAGAAUAUUCAAAGUUGAAAGCGAAAAAGGUAGAAAUAAAUAAGACUGCUUUCGACCUGAAAAAUAUAAUAAAACGAAUCCUUAAAAUGAACUACCUAAAAUCCUAGGAAAAAUAAAAUAAAAUAUGCUACUACAUUUCUCAUAAUUUUCCCAAAAAAGUUGUAACUGAUGAAUAGAGGAUAAAUUAAAUACUGAUUAAUUUGGUUUCUAAUGCUCUCAAAUUCACUGAUAAAGGAUCUGUUAGUGUGUACCUAGGUUGGCGACCUGGAUAAUAAAAAGUCGAGACAUAGGAGUAUUAAGAAUCUUUAAAGUCUUAGCCUCUCCAAUAUAUUGAAUAAAGACAUUUAUUUAAAGCUUUCACUGAAUAUGAGGAUGAAACACCCCUUAACCACUAUAAUUCUAAUGAUUCUUUAUCUGAAUAACCCUUUUAAUUUGGUCAAAAUAAUCAAAAUUUUCAAGGACCAGGAUAUAAUACUCAUCUUAGGUGGCUUUAAGAGAAUGAUCUUGAAAGAGCACAUUCAUAGUUUGAAUUCGAUAAUGAAUCAGCCAGGAAUUAUAUUAGAUCAAAUUCUGAUCAAAGAGUUACUUAGUAAAAUCAAAGCCAAUUUAAUUUCUAAGGUAUGUCUAAUGAUGACAGUUUUAAAAAUGUAAAGAGUGAGAAAAAUGUUAUAUCUAAUCCUUAUCAGAUUCAAAUUAAUCAAUCUUCUAAAUCGAUUCAAUAAGUUAUUACGCCUGAUUAAAAUUUCUUAAAUACAACCUAGCAUAUUGGUCCCGAAUAUAUUGAGGAAAAAAAAUCAUUAAGCUCUGGGGGAAAUAAUAACUUUAUCAAAGAGGUAGAUGCAUAUCUUCUUGGUGAUUAGGAAGAAUUCUAUUCGGACGAUUAGAACUCAAUCAGAGAUGAAAGAAGACAAGAGACAUAAAUGGAAAAUAUCAGAGUUAAGGGAGAACUUAAUUUAAAAAAUCUAAACUUAGAAGAUAGUGAGAACUUAGAUUAGCUGAAAGGUAAUAAUGUGGAAUACGGAACACCAAGAGAUGUGGACAAGAUAACUGAAAAGUAGAGAUAGAUCAUAGAUAUAGUGGUUUAAAAUCAUAAAAGAGCCUCUGCUUUGGUUGAAGUUAACUAAAUAAACGAUAAUAUUGAAGACAUUUUCCCUGAUUCCAAUAGAGAGGAUUCUAACAGACUUGAAUAAACACUAAAUUCCUUUAAAGAAGUUUUCGAUAAAAAUGAAUUCACUCUUAAGUUCAUUCAUGCUAACAGUAUUGAUGAUAAUUCUUUCAACCAAGAUGAACAGAAAGAAUACAUCUAGUUAAUUAAAGAUAAUAAAUUGGAUGAUAACUAAAUUCUAGAGAAGUCUAUAUUGCAGUACAAGAAACAUAAAUAAUCACCGCCCAAAAAGAAAAGUUCUAAUUCCAUCAAUUUCAAUAAGGUAUUCCCCGCCUAAAUUCAGAAAAUGCAGUCAGAUGAGCCUUUGAUGAAUACUUCUUUUAAGCAGGAGAAAAGUGAAUCUAGCAUCGAAGAUCCAUAGAACAAUAGUCAAAAAUCUCCAAAUGAUGAUUCAGUUUUAUUGCAUUAUAAGUAACUAAGACAGGCAGAGGAUUAAAGAAUGAUAGAAAUAGAUGGCAUACUUGAGUUUAAUAAAAAUCAUUAGUUAGAUAUGGAGGAGAUGAAGAGAGGGAGGAUAUCUUCUUUACACUCAAAGAAAUUGAGUAUGAUGGAUCAUUCUCAAUUCUAAGAUUAACAUCUAAUUGAUACAAUACUUCAAAAAUAAGAUAAAAACGAUGAUAUCCUAGAAAUUAGUAUUAGUAGUGGAAAAAGUAAAUCCAAUCCUUAGGAAGUUACCAAGAAAAAUUAGUUCACUCCGUUCCUAGGUCCUAAAGAAUCCAUUAGUAAAUCUGGUCUUCAAAUGGAAAUGCCUACUAUAAACUCCGCUCAGCAAUUACUACCAACAUUAAAUAACUCAGACAAAAGCCAAGAUGAACCAUCAAAAAAGAGACAAAAAUCUAAAAAAAUUAACAUUAGAAUAGUUGGUCUAGAUUCUCAAGAGGAUCUUCAUAAGAACCCUCUAUAAGCCAUUUAAGAAAAACAGCAAUAAAUUAUUCAAGAGUAGUAAUAGUUACAGUAACAAUAGAUUUAAGCGCAGGAUUUAAUAUCAGCACCCUCAGAGAAUUAAUAAUAGCCACAAAAGCACUAAGAUUUAUAGCAAUCUUAGUCUAAAGAUCAUCUUGAAAAUGAAAUUUAAAACAAUUACUUUGGCAAUGGCAAGUUUAAUCUCUUUUCUGUGGUACAAUACUAACCUGAUUCACAGUGGAUGACAUCAUAAUAACACUAAAAUAAUCUACUUUAAUAAUAAAACUAGAAAAAGGUUUAAAAAUGGGAGAUACAAGUACAACCAAUUCAUGUCAUUGCGUAGUAAUUGCAAAACUAAAAGUAAAAUCAAAUUCAAAAUUAGCUCUUUUAAAAGCUAUAAAAUCAAUAGAUUAUAGAAGAAUAUUCGAUAGAAAAUUAGAAUAACACUAUUAAGACAACGAAGACCCAAGAUGAAGAAGAAAAAGAGCUGGAAAUGUUAAGAUAGCUAUCAUAGUCCAAUGGUAUAAAAAGUCAAUCAUCAGUACAUACUCUCAAUAAUGAUACAAACUAUCAGCUUAAUUUUGUUUUCGGAUAAGGAAGAAGAAAAUCUUUAAUAAGGGGACAAAACUCUUUCAAAGUGCCAGUUUAAAAUUAAGCUGAGCUCCCUCCUACAAGAAAGAAGAAGACAGUACUAAAGAUAGGGUCUCUUGAAGAUAAUAGCAUGAUUAGUACUCAUUAAGAGCCCGCUUAAAUUCAGCAAAACUAAUAGCAUUAGUAAUAAUUUUAUUCUCAGGCAUCUCAUGUCAAUAUGAGUAAAUCAGCCCCUACUAGUGUGCUUCAGAUAAUAAACUAAAAUCUCGUUCAAUAAUAAAGUUCUUAAAUUGAUGAUGCUCCUGAAAGAAGCAAUACUGUUUGUCCUUAGUCCUAAAAAAAUCUAGCCCUGAAUCUAUUCAGGUUUAGCACUUUGGCCUUCACCAACAAUGCAACCUCUCAAAGUGUAGGAAACGAGAUUACUACUAAUACUAAUAUCAACUAUAAUUAUCACGAAAAGGGUGUAGUAGAAAUCAAAGUCCGUGACUCUGGAAUAGGCAUUUCUGAAAAUGGACUAAAGAAACUAUUUCAGCCUUACAUGCAAGCCGAUAAGGUAUGGGGUUAAUACGGAGGAACAGGUCUUGGACUUUGCAUUUGCUCUGAGUUAGUUUAAAUGCUUAAUGGUAAAAUUGAGGUCAAGAGCACAAUAGGUUAAGGGACAGAAUUCAUAGUAAGUAUUCCUAUUGAAGUUUCUGCUGACUUGACAAACUUUAUCGAUGAUAAUGAAUUUGAAAAAGAGAUAAAUGAAAUUGAUCUAAGUACUUACGAGUUCAUAGUAUGCAAUAACGAGAAAAGUUUUGGUAUAAACCAAAUGAAGAAAAUUUUUGCUAAGAAACAAUGCAAUAUUCACUAUAAAGAUCCAAAGGAAUUGAUGAGAAUGAAUAAUAACUAAGAUUUCAAUUUCAAAACCUUAUUCUAGCAUGAAAAGACUUACAAAGCUUUCAUUAUUGAUUAUAAUUCUGUUAGGUAAAUGCAGCCCAACUUGCUUUAAUUCUUAUCAAAUCAAAAUGACACACUUAAGAUUGAUAAUGCUCUGCUAAACUCUACUAAUAAUUUGAAUACUUGUAAUGAUGAAAGUAGCAUAAUUCAUAUUCAGAUUAAGGUCCCAGUCAUCGUUUUGAUAAGUGGCUUUAUGGAUGAGUCGAAAGUCAAGAAAUCUGAUAAUGUUUUUGUGAUAGUAGUACCUUUUGAUGCUAGACAAGUGAAAAGAAUACUAUUCUUCCUUAAGAGAUACUAUAUGAGUUGCAUCAAUCAAUACAGGCUUAAAAAUUAAUAAGGACUUGUCUCCAAAGUGAAUUCAAAAGAUGAAAUUUCCAAUAAUGAUCUGAGCAAUAAGACUAAUAAUUAGAAUGAUCCGAUAAAUUCUGGCAGGUCAAACUAGCAGUCUUCUCAAAUUGACGACUUUUGCUUUAAUUCUAGUUUUUAGAAGCAGCAGCCACCUUAGAAAUAUCCAACUUAGCAACACAUAAGCUAGGAAACCUCAAUGUCUCAAAUAAAAUCUCAACUAGCCUAGCAUUCUACCUUCACUGAAUUGCAAAGAAACUAAAAUAAAGAUGCACAUCUUAAUCCUUAAUAAUUUAUAAGAAGGUAAGGCUCUAGCCGAUCCCAAUUACUUGGCAUGGACUAGUUUUAAAGUCCUAUGAGUUUCAAUGUUCCCAGGAAAACUAUAAACAUCAAGGGUUAGAGUUCACUUUUAAAUCAGAUCAGAGAGACAGACUAAGAUAUGGAGACUGUGAUACUUUAACACCAACCAAACUCAGCUAAUAUGGCGGCUAGACUAUAUUAAGAUUAAAACUUUGUGAGUAGUAAUUCUAAUUUGGAGUCUCAGGGAUGGCCAUUAGGUGACCUGUCACCAGAAAUGUUUAGCAAGCAAUUCCUUUUGAACUCAACUCGAAGUAUUUAAAGCAGAGGUGGAGAAUUUAAACUUAAGAGAUCUACAGGAAACAAGAAAUUAUCAGAUAAGAUUCCAGCAUUUGAUAACGAGCAAUAUGCCCUGGUUGUUAAUGACGACUAAUUUUCCUUAAAGAUCACAUCAAUGCUACUUGAGGUUAGUAAGAAAGAACAAGGAAAGCAAUUUACUAUAUUGUAAGCACAGGAUGGAAAAGAGGCAGUUGAGCUAUAUAAAACAGUGCCCUAGAUAAAACUUAUUCUCAUGGAUAUAGAGAUGAGAAUCAUGGACGGCUACGAAGCCACCAAGAGGAUAAGAGAGUACGAAGAUGAGAUAAAGUGUGAUAAAGAAGGUUGUAAGAUGACGUACAUAAUAGGUGUAAGCGGGAACUCUACGUAGCAGCACUUCAGACAAUGCCAAAACGUAGGAAUGAAUGAGGCUGUCAUUAUACCUAUCAAUAAUAAAAAAAUAGCAGACCUUAUUAAUAAUUUAUUUUGA